AUGCGAGGGCGCUGCCUCCCCCUAGCGGUCCGGGCUGGGAGCGGACGCACGAGGCUGCUCAUUCUCAGGAAGACACCGGGAGGGGAGGCAUGGAGGAAGGCGGCUCUCCGGAAGACCCGUGAGUCCCGGGUACCCCAGGAGGGGGUGGGGGGCGGGGGCCACGCGAAGGCUUCCCCCCAGGAGGGGCUCCUAAAUGCCAGCAUCCCCCGGCUUUCCUCAGGCGGCUACGCCUGGGUGGAGAGAGACGUGGCACACCUAGGUCCUUACGGGGUCCCCAGACUUAGCGUGGGAAAGGGACUUCCGAGAGCUGGGAGAAUGCAGAGGAGCCCAGAGACGGCGCGUGGUUUACCGAGGUCACACAGCCAGCUGGCCAGGACCCGGAGCGCGCUGAAGAAGCCGUACAAGGGCUCGUGGAGGGCCAGCUGGGGCCGCCACGAGAUCGACCUGCUGCUGGAGGCCAUCUGCAAGACGGGCAAGGUGCACCGCAUCAUCUCGGGCUCCAGCCAGCGCAAGAGCAAGCUGUGGCGGGAGAUCGCCGACAUCCUGGCCGAGUGGCGCGUCAACUACACGGCGGAGCAGUGCCGCACCAAGUGGAAGCACCUCAAGACGCAGUUCCGCGGCGAGCAGGCGCGCUGCCUCCGCGCCGGGGCCCCCUCGGACCCCCUGCCGCACUUCUACGAGAAGAUGACGGCGCUCUGGAAGAUGGCAGCGCGGGGCUCGCCCAAGGCCGGGGCCCGCAAGCGGCCAAAAAGACCUGCCAGAGAAAAGAUAGCCCUGGAACUCCAGGAGCAGAGCGAGGAAGAAGCCCAAGAAGUAUUACCUGAAACGUGGUCGCAGCCUCCACAGGCAGUGAUUUCCAUUGGAGAGCAUGAAUCUGAAGACAGUGAAACGAGCAGUGUGACCAAUGAAGUGGAUGGAUGUGCAGAAAAUCCAACAGCUUUAGAACAACAGGCGCUAGAGGAAACAGCUCUUCAGCAAGAGACUCCUGAGGUCCCCUGUGAUCCCAGAUACCAGCAGAUUGGGGAGGCCAUGCUGGAGGAAUUGAAAAACCUGUCCCGAACCCAGCAGGAGAUGUCUGUGGUCAGCAUGUACAUUGCCAAAGCCCUCCAGUACCAGCAGGAGCAGCUGAUCCCGGGCAUCCGUCUCCUAAAUCACAACAUGUAUCAGCUCUGCCUGCUGCUGACCAACCAGGCGGAGGCGGCCCUCCAUUCUGGGCCCUUUCUCCCCCAAAUGGUCAAUCCCAGCAUUCCCUUCUCAGGAUCUCCAGUUGCACAGCCUUAUUCCUCGGCCUUUGAGCCUCCUGAUAGUCCCUACCGCAAGUAG